AUGUCAAAAAAUUCAAGCAAUAAUGCCAGCGAUACUACAUACAGAGAAGAAACAAGACGUAGUGAUUAUUCAUCUGGUAUUGACAGCAAAUCUCGUGAAGAACCAUUUGUUCCCGUCGUUCCUGAGGGUGAUUGCAACAAGAUUUUUGAAAUAUUUAAUGGAUUAGAAUCUCUAGUUUCUUUGGAUUUGAAAGACAAUAAACUGACAAAUCUUCAAUCAAAUACUUUCAACAGCUUGUCCAAUCUCGAAUUACUGAACGUCUCUGGUAACAGUUUAACAUGUCUUUCACAAGAUGUAUUCAAUGGGUUGAAAUCUCUCACUGAGUUAGAUUUGGAAUCAAAUAAACUGAAGAGUCUUCAGUCAAAUACUUUCAACAACUUGUCCAAUCUCGAGCGAUUGAAUAUCUGUGAAAAUAAAUUAACAUCUCUUCCACACGAAGUAUUCAGUAGAUUGGUUUUAAUUGUCAGCAAUAAUAGUCUAACAUCUCUUCCCCAAAAAAUAUUUAAGGAAUUGAAAUCUCUCAUUUUUUUGAAUUUGAAUUCAAACAAAUUAAAAAAUCUUGAGCCUGAUACAUUUAAACAAUUAUCA